AUGUGUAAUAAAAAGGUGGUUGGCAUCGCUUUGCUUGUCAUUGGCAUUGUAUUAAUAGCCAUAGGCAUCAUCAUAGGACUGUUGUUACCAAGUAUUGCGUUUAAAGAAGUAGAGAAAACGACGUGCGUAAACAGUAAGGACAGCGCCGGGUAUGAACGAUGGGUGAGUAAAAUGUAUGUGAUACAGUACACGCCCGCAAAUAAUAAUAAUAAUAAUGAUAAUAAUAAUAAUAAUAAUAAUAAUAAUAAUAAUAAUAAUAAUAAUAAUAGACUUUAUUUGAGAUCUGGCAAAAUAGGUUCUUGUAUUUUGGGGUACUUAUCGGCAAUUUAGGCUCAGUAUGUUCAAGUACAUGUACCUCGGCGCUCCACGCCUUGGUGAUCACUAUUCACCCACAUUCGGGGGAUUUUUGUAUAGUUUCCAGGGCCCCCUUUCUCGAUAGGCCCGGAAACGUUUCCUGCCUGAAGGCAGAUUAUAACCACUGAAUUUUGCUUUGUAAAACUGAUAGUUCCAUUGUAUCAUAGACCUAUUCGGCUAACUCAGUGUUGUACUCAAUUCAAAUCUGCCGGGGUUAAGAUUCUUUGUGUAUUGUAUUUGAAUUAUAAUGUGGCAUUCACACUUAAAUGAUAUGGAAAUUCCUGAAACAAAACGGUUUUUCCCAAAGGGUUUGAAUUGGGUACAACAUUAAGUCAGCCAAAUAGGUCUAUUGUCAAAAUUUUUGAAACUUUAAUCUUGAAUGUAAACACGACAAACACAAAACAGCUUUCCGACCUGGCUCGGAAAAACGAGGCACAGUCAGGUAUUUCUUAAACCGUCUUCAAGUUGCCUAGAUAUCUAAUGAAAUAUUGCAUCGAGUGUCUGACACAGCUUCUCAAAGAAGCAAGGAUUUUUUAAUAAAAUUCAAAUCUGAAGUUGGCAAAAUUUUAUGGUAAUUAUAUUUAUCCGAUGUCCAGUUUUCCUUUAAGGUAACGACUUCUUUUGUUUUCUUUUAUGAAUUAUAAGUUUAAGAAGAGGUUUGAUUGACUCUUAAAUUUACAGUCUAGUGACCACUACUCUAAUGUAUCUUGAGGAAAUAUAAUCCAACUGAUUGUUAAAAUGUAUGCAGGGGAGGGGAGGGGAAGGAGGGAGAGUCGACAUCAUUACGAAGGCCUUGCGAGCUGGAAAAGGUGUGAUAAACACAACUAAUUUUGAUUGAUGACAAUUACUAUUUUUUAUUUCCAGAAAGGGCCCACUUACUUUACGAACAGAGUCUACAUCUGGAACAUUACAAACAAAGAUGGAUUUCUCUACAGACAAGAAAAACCAAAGGUAAAGUGGACGUAAUUGUUAUGAGUGAAAUGAGACAAUUGCCAGUGGAGCUAUAUAUGCUGCAUUUCUAACGAGCACUGUCAGGAGCCCAUAACUGGGUGCGAGCAACUCCCAUACUAGGCCUUUGUCACGCCGUUUUUACCGACCAGUUUAUUUUUAGACACAUUUUAGGGCACUUUUCCUUGCAAAAAUAGAAUCUCCACCAUGUCUAUGAGCGCAUUCGUAGUGUAAGAUAUCAAAAAGGAAAACUAAACGUUAUUAAAAGGCAAAAAAUAUCAUUUUUUGGUCUGUAGGUUUUGCUGACUGUCUUGUGGAAUUUAAACGAUAUUCAAAAUUCGCGCCAAAACCGUUCUAAAAAUAAACUGGUCCGUGAAAAUACCGUGACAAGAGCGCAUGGAAGUUUCUCGCUCCCGGUUAUGAAUUCCUGGCACUGUUAAGGUUUAUCUACCCAGGGUGGGUUCCAGAUUCCCUGCUAGCAGAAGUCUCUCACGGCAAGAAAAGAUGGAGAGGAAAGAGAGAGACCUCUGCCAGCCUCCCAUGCGUUUUCUAUGACCCAUGCACUGGCGUUUCCUUGACAACCAGUACUAUUUUAGUCACGUGCGACAAAACGUACAGAAGUAGGUUGAGUUUGAUCGUCCGGGUGAACGUAGUCCUGAAUAGGACUGUUGUUGUCGACAGUGACUGACGUUUCGAAAACCUCUGCGGUAGUCAUCUUCAGAGUCAAAGUAAGUUGUAUCACGUCAGUUGAUGGUAUUAUACUCUAGUUAUUGAUCAAAUGCUGCGACUUCCAGGCUUCUCACAUUGAUGAAACCGGCAGAAACCUAAGCACGCGACUGACCGAACACAAACGAGCGACAAGAAAUGGUGACGUCAACAAUCACAUUGCUGAGCACCAUUUACAGACGAAACAUCAAAUUGACUGGGACUCUGCGACAUGUAUAACGUAUUCUACAGACUACUCUCAAAGUCUUACUUUAGAAAGCUUGUUUACUAACUUAGAACAAACGCCACUGAAUCGUAGCCAACAGUAACCAGCGCCGUACCAACGACUUAUUUACGAGAUCAAGCAAAACUAACUACGACAGAACGACUGGAGAACUGACAAUUUGACUAACAAUAGACGACUGUUUAACUGUGACAAUAGACGGAUCGAAACGCACCAAUUACUGAUUACGAGUCUUCAUAGCCAAAAACAUCACGGCUUAACUGACAGACGACUAAUAACAUCGCGACGCAAUUGACCAAUCAUAUCAAUAACCAGAGUAUAAUACCAUCAACUGACGUGAUACAACUCACUUUGACUCUGAAGAUGACUACCACACAGGUUGUCCAAACGUCAGUCACUGCACUGUAAACAACAACAGUCCUAUUCAGGACUACGUUCGCCCAGACGAUCGAACUCAACCUACUUUUGAAAUGACUCCUGGGUUCAAACCUUUCACAGUUUCACAAAACUCACGGAACCGGCUUGCGCGAUAAUAACUGUGGGCUCAGAAAUUUCCGGCGUGUGUGUCUCUACGGGGCUCGCGCACUCCACAUUUGAAAACGAAACUGGUUUUGAAAACCAGUAAGUUUCGGCCACAAAUCUAGUCGGGGGCUACGUGAAAGAACGCGUCGGAGGCCGGCAGAGGUCUCUUUCUUUCCUAUCAUAUUUCUCUUGUCGUGAAAAAAGACCUCUGCUAGCAAGAAAGGUGCCAGAGGGAUUAUUUCUUACCUAGUUCCCUACCUCAUCCCGCGGUUAGCAGGAGACUAAAAGGUUCGGUUACAGUAGGAUAAGUAUAGGUAACAGCAUGAUUAGUAGUGAUAUUUGGCACAAAUACCACGAGUGAUAUUUCCAAGUUGUUAUACGUAAUUUUAUGAGCCGUUGGGCGAGUGAAAUUUGAGACAAUUUUGAAAUAUCAUGUACAAAUCAUGCUAUUAUUUGUUUAUACUACUAUUUUUUUUUAAUUUCCACAUGUAGGUAUUUCAAAUUAGGUUGAAAUACCACUGCUCUAAGCCAAUCAAAAUGCAGAAAUUUCUCAUGUAGAAGUAUAAAACAUGAAAGAAACACGAAUCUAAUUUAUCACAAAGAUAUUUUGGCGGUAGUGUGCUUUGCGGUGUUCCCCUUCCUACAAGCCAAUUCAACAACAGUUUCCGCAAGACCAAGACUGGACCCUCCCCCCCCCCCCCCCCCCCCCCCCCCCCCUCCCUUAUUUUUUUUUCUUUUUUAUUAUUUUUUAAAUUAAGUAACCACCAAAACAUGUAUUUUUUUUUUUUUUUUUUCUCCCGCCCUCUUCCCCCUUCGCAUCCAUGAUAAAACAUACUGGCCCCCCCCCCCCCCCCCCCAACUAUUUCCGUCAGAUUUUGUCGUGUACGUUUAUAACGUUUUAAUAAGAUAGGUGCUCUCAAAACAGUUUUUGAUCUUUUUGAUAGACUUGCCCACGCUCGUCGACUAUUCAUAGGAAGAAUAAAGCACACUCGUUUCCAAGUUUCUCUCCUACUCGCUCCGUAUCGACGAGAAGGAGAGAACACUAGUUACAAGGUUGAAAAUGAAGGGAAGGGAGGAAAACCAAAUUAUCAAAUGAACCAUGUGUAAUUUAUUAAUUAAUUAACUAAUUUUUAUUUUCACUAACAUUUUUAUAAGUUUAAGAUAUCUGCUUAUUUACCAGCUCGAGGAAAAAGGUCCUUACAUUUACACAACAAAAUCAGAGAAGGUUGAUGUCAAAUUUGAAAACGAUCGAGUAACAAGCAAGACCUUUGACAAGGCCAAAUUCAACAAAACAUUAACAGACAAAGAAUGCCCAAAGUGCAACGAAAAUGACCAGGUAUGCUACGUUUAAAUCAAACGAGGUUUAACCAGGAAAAAAUAAAAACCAGUCAUAAACGAAAAUGUUGAAAUCUAAGAGAUUCCUCUACAAAGAUUUUAAGCAAGCUUUAACUUGUGUUUUUAUAUGUGGCUAAUUCUGUGGUCCUGAAAUAUAAACAUUUUUAAUUAUUAACCAAGAAUGGUCGCUAUUUUUCUUUACAGUUGACCGUGCUAAAUGCUGCUUACCUUGGGCUCAUUGCAAAAGUUGGAUCGGCGAAGGACUUUGGGACGGCGUUUAUACCACUCAUACUGAUCUUGGUAUUUCACGCUUUGGAUGGUAAAACAACAAACAGAAACAACACAUUGCUUUUGAUGGGAAAGUCCCAGACCGAUAAAUUAGAAUUCCCUUCCACUGCAACUCUUGCGUUUGGUUCUUGGAUAAAUUCUAAUCCUGAUCCCUUGCGAAAUGCUACCUUCGGACAUCUUAAACGAAAUUACUCUCUUCAAGAAAUGAGCGGUCUUUACGGAGCGCUCACGGAUUCGACAUUUUUACCGUUUACAAAUGCGGCCCUUCUCGCACGGUGUACAAACAAAAACAAUCCGUUUCUAAGUAAAGACUGUGGACUGGCUAUUAAUCUUGGAAUUUAUGCCGAUCCUAAUGUAAACCAGAAUGUAAAAUUACUUGUUGCUCCAUGGAUUCAAAGUUUUCUGUGUCCGCACGCAUCAUCAUGUUACAACACGACAAAUAACCAAGCAGCCAUACCUGCUGUUGCCGCAUUCAUCGCAGGACCGCUACCUAGGUUUGUUCUACAAUAUUUGGAGAACAAUAAUUAUGGUCUCACGACAACACGGAACCAAAGUGAAAUAAUACUGGGAUAUUUAAUGGACAAGCUGCAUCUUCCUCCACCAUUUCCAAGCGUGAUCCGAGUACCUGGUCCCGUAACGUCGUAUAACAACGAAACAGAGGCGAAGGCUCGUGGGAAAAACUCGACCUUCUACACGUGUGAAUCAACAGAGCAGCGUUUCACUUACGCAGGUAAAGGGUGGGGGAAAAGAGGGACGGGUGGGAGACCGGCAGUAUAGGGGGAGGGAUACGGGACUGAGACGGGAGAGGAAAGGGAGAAAGCGGGAGGUAUAGUUCUAAAAGGGUGAGAAUCGGGAGAAAUACAAGGGAAACCGAGCAACAAUGCUUACUAUUUCGCAAUCGAAAAAGGCCUACAAAGAGGAAGUCAAUGAAAUGGGCGGGAGCCCGGAAUGCUAGUUACGGAAUGCAGGAAGUUUAGACCUCCCUGUCUCUCCCACCACCAUCACCACCACCACCACCACCACCACCACUGAAAGUGUUACUGCCACAAUGGGUUUAGAGACAUAGAAACUUACAGUUCAUUACAGUAGGGACUUUACGAUCCGACGAGGAGAUGAAAGCGAGAACGUCAAAAAAAAGGAAUAGGUUUAGAGGGCAAAACAACAACUUUGCACGUGUAUCACACUUUUUUGUACGUUUCUUUGCCGUUUUUGAUCGUCUGCGACGUGAAAUUGCCUAAUUUGACAUUUUAUGGAGGACGUUAACCGCAAGCGGCGACGACAAAAAGAUCUUGAUGGCUUAUAUGGCUGAUUCAAUAAAAUUUGCUUUUGGCAUUUAGAAUUGGGCACUAGGAAGAACAGUUAAAAGUACGUGGCUCCUACAUUAUUGUUUGGUGGUCAUUCAGGCAAAUCAUUGUAUUGUUCUGUAUGCCCAUGCCAAAUACCCAAUGCUCAAAUAAUAAUAAUAAUAAUAAUUGUUUAUUAUUAUUAUUCUCAAAGCAGCCUUUAAUGAAUCAGCUAUAUAUUUACAAUAGCUAUCGAAAUAUCAGCGAUCUCUGUUCAUAAAAUGUUCUUUUGUCCAUUGAAAAGCAGCUCAGCAGUUCAAAAAGGAAAGUCCUAAUAAAACGGGAAAUAUAUAUAUAUUUAAAAGAGUUGUCCUCUCCUUUCGUUUUCAGCUAUUGAUGGUAAAACACAAAUUGAUCCAAGUCUUUACCCGAACGCCACCGAAGAUCAGUUAAAAGUACGUGGCUACUACAUACAAUUUCCAGGUCAAAAGAGUCUGAAACCGUGUAAGACAGGAUACAGUCGUCUAGCAUCAAGAUACGAGCUGUUCCUAACAGAGUUUUCAUUCGCUGUCAACGUCAGCCACACCCAAGACGUGGAACUACACGGCAUUCCAAUGCACCGAUACACCCUGGAUAAGUCUGCUCUUGAUGUUAAUAACGUGACUGUGUUUACUAAAGGGGUAUUUGACGUGAGUAGGGUCUCGGGAGGACCCCUUUUCUUCAGCCUUCCGAGGUUUCUUCAUGGCGGCUCGUUACAUGAGGAAUUGGAUCUCCCAGCUCCAGAAGAAAAGAAGCACGAAUCAUUUGUAAGUAUCAGAAUCUUUAGUGGUAAUUUUGUGUGUCUGUGUGUGUGUGUAAAUUACACAAAAAAUAUCUGGUUUAUUGGACUGAAAUAUUCGGGGCAGGUAAUUAACCUGUGCCAUUCCCUUCACUUGAGUUGUUUUAAUCUUCUUCGUUAUUACUCCAACCCUCUUAGUUUGUCAAGUGCAGUGUUGUCAGUGUUUUGUUUAUCAGACCUAUUGCUUUAUUGACGUUCUCGUUGCGGUCGCCGUUGGAUCUUAAGUUUCAUGAUCCCUUAUAAUAGGGAAACAUUAUUUUAGCAAACUUUCACCUAUUUUAUGCUCAUGUUUUUCCUUGUAGCUAAGUAUAGAGCCAAUAUCAGGGUCUGCAAUGGAUCUUAAACUUCGCCUUCAACUAAAUGGUAUGAUUCUGAACACAUCAAUAUACACUGAUUACCAGCCACAGCUCAAUGUCACGUUCCUGAACAAACUUUUUCCUAUUUGGUGGUCAGAAAAGUCGGGAGGCAUUGAUAAAGAAACAGCUGAAACUUUCCGUUCUAAGGUAAACACUUAACAAACAACAACUAUUUUUAUAACUACUGUAUUAGCAAAACAAUACAAUAAUUACCCUCAAAAACCACUACAAAAAUUAAAUUCAGUUUAAAGUAUUUUAUUUGGUAAGUGGCAAAACAAAAAAGGUGUUAGUACAAAGUAUUGUUUACUCGUAAAAUGAGUAAGUAUAGGAACUUUUACAUUUUGUUACCAUGGUUAAAAGAUUUGUCUUUACAUCAGCGUCACGAGGCCAAGCAAUUUGGAAGAGAAAAUGUGUAUUCAUUUCAUUUUUUUCUUAAAAUAAUGUGAAGACAUUAAACACAAUACUGAAUACAAUACAACACAAUUUUUAACGGGGUUAAAUGUGCUUAGCUGAGCUGGAAUUUUUUUUUUUGGAAAAAUUGUGAGUUCGAAAACUAAGGCUUAGUUUUCGUGGCAUGUGGUAGAUAACCUUACAGACAAAAAAAAAAUAAUAAUUUAACCUCUUAGUUUUCGAUUUCAGAAUUUUUCUGAAAUCUAUUCCAAGCCCAUCACAUGCUAUCCUUCUUUCUUUUCUUUUCUUUUCCAUUUUGUAGCUGUUUGGAAGCCUACAAUUGUCCUGCGGCUUGCUCGUGGCCUUGCCUGUGAUUGGAGGAAUCUUGCUCAUGACGGGUGUGGUCCUUAUUGUACUCGCUAUCAAGAAAAGCAGUUCUGUAACCACAGCGUAA